AUGGCAAAUAUCGAUGCUGAUGAUACGAAGCCAUACGUGUACGAAGAAAGAUUUAAUAACAUUCUUUAUAGUGGAGUUAUCUCCCUUGGUAUAGGACUUGGACAUAGAGUCGGACUGUUUAAAGCUUUAACUGACUUUUCGGAACCAGAGACAUCCCGAUCGAUAGCAGAUCAUGCAGGAUUGAAUGAAAGAUAUGUAAGGGAGUGGUUGUUUUCCAUGGCUGCAGCUAAGGUAGUCUUUAUAACAGACGACAACAAAUACUACAUACCGUCUGACUGCAAGACAAAAACUUCGAAAAGCUUACUUGCGACAAUGAUUCUCGCCACUGCUCCACUAACAAAGGAUGUAGAAAAAUGUUUUAGGUCAAAAGAUCAGUCAUCUGCUGAUAAAAUUAUGACAAUAUUGGACAUUGGAUGUGGAACUGGCAGGAUUACUGCAAACAUAGCUCAUUAUUUCCCGGGUGCCAAAGUUGUCGGAAUAGAUGUAGAUCAGUUUGCGAUAGAUACUGCACUAAAACUAAAGGAAGAUGAAAAUUUGACCAACGUCGAGUUCUGUCUUCUUGGUGGAGAAAGUUUAAAAGAUGAAUGGACAGAAAGAUUCGAUUGGAUAACAAUGCUUAAAGUUUUCCACGAUCUACCCAAUCCAGGUUCUUGUCUGAAAGGAGCUAUGAGAGCAUUAAAAGACGACGGCGUGUUGACCUUUCAUGAUCCUCUGUGUCAUUCGGAUCCCAAGCUAAAUGUCGGAAGUAAUGUACAUGCGUCAACACUUACACUAAGCUGUUACGUUUGCCUCCCGUGUAGUUUGUCGGCACCGCCAGCAGUAGGUAAUGGGAUCGGAUGGGGGCUGGAAAACAGGGCAAAAUACCUCAGAGAUAAUGGCUUAACAGUACAUGGUAAUGAGUCUGUCGAAGUAAUCCACUGUUCCAAGACAUUGAAAUGACUGUUUAAAUAGCUUCACCAUAGGCAUGUGUAGCCAGAUAGCAUCAAAUAUGAUUAUUGCUUAAUUGUUUGGUCGUAAUAAUUCGCCGUUUCAGAUUCAUUUACAUCCUGUGUCAUAUUUUCAAAUAUAGCC